CAAAUUCUCAGUAUAUUUAUAUGAAUACUGGUUUUUGGAAUGAGGAGAGUAAGAACGAAGUUCUGUACAGCAAGAUCAUGAGAGACGUCCUGGCAAUUGUAAUUCAGCAGAAUGAAAUUUACACGAAUGAGAUAAACCGUCUUCAGCGUGAAAUAAAACAACUUCGGAAAGAUGUAAUAGCCAAAGCAGGAAACAACAGUCAUUCAUCUUUGAAGUGUGAAUCGGGUGUACUAGGAAUUCACAAAUCUCCUCCUCCUACCUGGCCAUAUACACAAGUAGUCAGCUUCCGUUCUCCAUUUCGGGAAAUACCAGCAUUGACUUAUGGUUUGUAUCGACUCGAUGUUGGGCAUCGCACCAAUCUUCGAGUGAAUACAGUAGUGAUGGAUAUCACAAACAGAGGAUUUAACGUGAGGCUGCAGACAUGGGGAGAUACCAUUUUAUAUGGAGCCAAUAUUAGCUGGAUGGCUUGUGGAGGAUAAAAAUUUGCUUAUCGUCGCUUAUAAAAUUCUUAAAGUUUUAUGUAACUUGGUUCAGUAGUUCAGAGAUGUAGAAGAUGUUUUCUAAAUCUGACAUAACAUUAAAAGAUUUUUUUCUUUACGUGGGGUAUUACAGUGUAUAUACACUUAUGGGAGAUGGAAUAGUGACCAAAGGGGUGCGGAAUUAGCGUAAUUUGCUAGGUAAAUUGACCUAAUUAGCUUUUCUACAGCGAUUGAGAAGGAAUUAGUUCUAUGUUAACCUACAACGGAACACAGUGAUUUCUCCGCUUACUGAUACCAGCAUCUCACCUCACAAUUCAUGCUAAAGUACAUGAACACUUCAACAUUUUCUGGCUAUGACACGCGGGGUUGCAGAUUUGAUCGGUUCAUGGUGAAAAUCUUUACCUAAUUUACUCUCGGUAUCAUUCUUGUACUCCCGGGUGGUACACACUA